CUUAAGGAUUAAUGAUUUGUAGUAUUGAAUAUUUUCUCGAUACUGGAAAAUACGGUCAUAUUUUUUUUUUGCCUCCCUCUUUCAGUGGACAAUGGAAGCAACUCUUCUUGGCUCUCAUCGGUCAAACCCUAGCCUCUUAUCAACGAAACCGCUUAAAAUUCCAGAUGGACAUGUGGCUCGUGACCUACGGUUUUAUCAUCCACUUUGUGCCAAAGCCCACCGGACUCUCAAGAUGAAAUUGGUGAACUCAAGUAGAAGUCAUUUCGUGCUGCCAAAUCGAUGGUUCCAGUCAAGAGCAAGACGCGAAUGGUCUAGCAAUUCGUCUGAUCAGCUUCGAAGUGACUAUAUAAAUGUCAAACCAUCAUCUUCAGAGUCUCUAAACCUGGAAGCUGUUCCUUCAAGUUCGGAUGAUGGGGCUGAUAUUUCCGAUUACAAUGUUGUUAAUAACAUUGAGACUUCACAUAUUAGACCAAAAUAUUUUAGAAAUAGGUUUCUAAAUUUUGUACGGUUGAGUUCUGUCCUGAAUAAUGCUGCGGAAUCAUUCUUUAAGAGUGAGAUUCGGAGGAGGCUGUUUGUGACAGCUGUACUUCUUGUAAUUAGUCGUAUUGGAUAUUUCAUCCCUCUACCUGGCUUUGAUAGAAGGUUGAUACCGCAGGACUAUCUUAGCUUUGCCUCUGGGUCUGUUGAUGACCUGGGUGAUUUUUCUGCGGAGCUUAAACUGUCCUUUUUUCAGCUUGGUAUCAGCCCUCAGAUAAUUGCAUCUAUAAUUAUGCAGGUACUCUGUCAUGUUGUUCCAUCCUUAGUGAAGUUGAGGAAGGAGGGGCUGGAUGGUCACGAGAAGAUUAAGAGUUAUAUAUGGUGGAUUUCACUUGGCUUUGCAAUAGUAGAAGCUGUUAUAGUUGCUUGUUAUUCUCUUCAAUAUUCAAUUUAUGCAGCCAGUUACAGGGUCAAGCAUGUGAUGGUGACUGCUUUUCUUUUGGUUUGUGGUGCAAUGACUAUGACAUGGAUCUGUGAUACAAUAUCAGAAUCUGGAUUUGGUCAAGGUUCGUCUCUAAUUAUAUGUGUUGGAAUAUUAACCGGAUACACUGAUACACUGUACAAGAUGUUGACUCAGCUCUCAGGAAGUGCUGUGGGUUGGUGGCCAUACAUGCUUGCUGUACUGGGUGUUUUCACUGUAGUCACAAUGUGGGCUGUUGUUAUUACUGAGGGUUGCAGGAAAAUAAAGCUGCAGUACUAUGGAUUUAAACUGGCAUCUGCCGCAAGGGAAGAUUCCCCAAUUACUGAAGUAGAACCCUAUAUUCCUUUUAAUAUUAAUCCGUCAGGAAUGCAGCCUGUUCUCACCACCACUUAUCUAUUGGGGUUUCCAAGUAUUGUUGCAAGUAUCCUUGGUUCACCUUUUUGGGAGCAUGUUAAGGAGAUAUUGAACCCUGCAACAUCUGUCGGUGCAGAGCCAUGGGUGUACUAUUCAAUAUAUGCGUUUUUUGUUUUUCUGUUCAAUAUAUUUGAUAUUGCCAACUUACCGAAGGAAAUAGCAGAUUACCUGAAUAAGAUGGGUGCCAGGAUACCAAAUAUAAAGCCUGGGAAGGCUACUAUUGAAUAUCUCACAAAGAUUCAGGCAUCAACACGUUUCUGGGGAGGGCUACUGUUAAGUAUUUUGGCAACUACAUCAACCAUACUUGAUCAUUACUUGCGACAUAUCAAUGAAGGAUUUGCAAUUGGUUUUACAUCAAUUUUAAUAAUUGUGGGUUCCAUAAUUGAGCUAAGAAGAUCGUACCAAGCAUAUAAUGUCAUGCCAAGUUUAAGCAAAGCAUUGAGGCGAUAUGGGGUGUAACAUUUCAAGAGAUAUCAUUCACACGUGAUAACAAUUUUGUUCAUACAGUUUAGUUGAGCCAAGUAAAAGAUAAAAAGGCUGAACUCGAUUAUUUAGUUGUUCAACUCAUGAAGCAGGUUCCGAUUCUUCUAAUUCCUCCUUUUCUGGAUUUGAACAUGGCUUCUCUAGUAUAGUGUAUUAUGUGAGGAUAUGGCUUUUACUUCUCUAGUCUGAGAGUCUGGAUUUAGAACAUCAGGUGACCCAUGACCCGUCUUUCCGCAGGAAGAUACAGAGGGACCCGUUUUCCGUAGAUUAGGGCAAGUUGUAAGGUAAAGGCAAUUUGAUGUAAAAUUUGAUCGACAGACAAACACAAUGGCUGCAAUUUUUUAUUUAAUUUAUCCGUCUAAUGUCUGAAA